AUGGCCAUCGUCAGCUAUGUACUUCUUUGGCUCGCGUGCGUCGCAGCAAAUGUCACCGCCACUCGCUCAGGAACCCUCGAACUGGACUUGAUGUUCCCCCGAAACGGAACAUGGAAGCCGACAAAUCUCAUGCCCAUUGUCUUCGCGGUACAGCAACCUCAACUAGGGGAUCUAGUUCAGAGACAAUUGAUUCGUUGGAGGCUUGCACAGCGCGACAACGCGACCCUCGAUAGUAUCAGUACUGGCGCUGCUACUAUUGAGCUCAACUCGACGACUCCCGGCCUCUAUCUCGCCACUGGUUUCUCUAACGCCCUCGCUGGUAUCCAAGGAGAUUGGAUAUUCCAAUGGCAGGUGUCUCUGAGGAACUGCUCCGAACUGAACGACGAAAACGCGCUGCUUCAAUUUUCCGUCUCCUCCGAGACUCGCUGGGCAUAUUUCCGAACCAACGAAUCUGCGCCGACGCUCAAUUUCGAAACGGCCAUUUCGCCAGACUCAUGCCGCGAUGUAGAAAACAUCGCCUUCAACGUCACCGCAAUUCAGUCAGUCCCUCGUGGCAUCGACCCCGAGGUAUCGCCGUCUUGUGCUGCGCUCGGAGCACCGCCGAAGGUGACCGGGAGUCCCUGUGCAGUCACGAUCAACGCAGCGGCUUCCAUGAGUGCGUCAGCCGCCGUCUCGUACUCUGCGUGUCAGGCUACUGCUACUACGUGCGCUCCCCCGUCGUCAACGAGGCCCUCUGCGGCGACCAGCCUGCGAAACAAUUGGAUCGUUCUUUGGGUGGCUGUCACCCUUUUGGGUUUCAUAUAUAUCUGA